CUGGCGGUGACGUGGCGGGAGGCGGAAGUGAGGCGGCUCCAACGAUGCUACGGCAGGACAGUAAUGAUGACACUGAAGAUGUGUCACUGUUUGACGCAGAUGAAGAAGUAUCCACGAGAUCAAAAAAGUCAAAGAUAAGGCACCCAGUGGCAUCAUUUUUCCACUUGUUCUUCCGAGUCAGUGCAAUAGUUGUCUAUCUUCUCUGUGAACUGAUCAGCAGCAGCUUUAUUGCCUGCAUGGUGUCAAUUAUCCUGCUCCUGUCGUGUGACUUUUGGGCAGUAAAGAAUGUUACGGGUCGGCUGAUGGUCGGCCUUCGCUGGUGGAACCAGGUGGAUGAUGAUGGCAAGAGUCACUGGGUGUUUGAAGCCAGGAAGGCAUCGGCUCAAGGGAAAAAAGUUUCAUCUGAAGCAGAGUCCCGAAUCUUCUGGUUAGGACUAGUUACCUGUCCUAUCAUCUGGGUGAUAUUUGCCUUCAGUGCCCUGUUCUCAUUCAAAGUGAAAUGGCUGGCAGUGGUUACAAUGGGAGUGGUGCUACAGGGGGCCAACCUGUAUGGUUAUAUCAAGUGUAAAGUGGGCAGAAGAACAAAUUUAACCAGCAUGGCUACCUCCUAUCUUGGAAGACAGUUCUUGCGGCAGACUGUGGUUAAAGAUGACCAAGCCGAAUCCUGAAGACUGAUCCAAAAUUGGAUUGGAUUUAUACUGGUGAACAACAGUAAAUGUUUUCUGACCAUGAGUUUAGGAGCUACAUAAACUGUGUGUGGAUUUUUUUUUUAAAUUAAAUCUUGUAAGACUUCAGGUCAACUCUCAUAGCAAAUUACUCUCAGUUUUUCUGCAACAGUUUGCAUUUCAGAGCUCUUCUAAUAGUUUGUUUGGUUAAGGCACUUGAGUUAAUUCACCUGAUCUUUUAAUUAAAAGAAAAUCAUUGAUCUGGAGCCUAAAUGGGAACUAAACAGUCCGGGGUGAAGUAAGAGAUAAAACUACUGGGCAUCCUUCCUCAUAAUUUGUCAGUGUGAAAAAUGUAAAUGAGGCAGGUUUUAUAUCAUUCAAGAACUCCCCCGUCCCUCCAGCAGUUGCAUCAAAUAGAAAUUCACCCUGCAGAAUUACUACCUGCAGAAGUAAUUCUGCUGUUGGAGGUAAUUGCUGUCUAAAUCCCACUCUUAUUCUGUACAUUGAAAGUAGCUAGAAGAUGACCUGUUAGCAGAUGUUGGUCCUGAACCUGUUCCCAUUGAAUUCAAUGGGACUUCUGUCAUUGGCUUGGGUGGGAUCUUAAAGUGACAUCUAAGCAGCUCAGUUACUUUACUUAUGAAUGAUACUUCGAUCUUCUGGACAGCCCAAUUACCACCUGACUGAGAGGUUAUGCUGCAGCUUUGAUUCCACCUUGCUCAAUUUAUAUAAGUUUUGCUUCCCAAAUAAGGCAGGAGCUAGGAUGGUGUGGAACUAAACCCUUAGUUUAGAGCAUGAGAAUGGGCAGUGGGUUUCAGGGGAAGCCGUGCAAAAUACUAGCAGCAAAGUGAAGCUGUGAGUGGUUGUUGCCUGGCCAUCACUAAUAAAACAAAGUACUUCAUGCUGCCUUAACAGACCAUGAUACAUCUACACUGUGCCCAAGGCGGUAUCUGAGGCUCCCUGGGAUAGAUGGGGGGUGGUGAUGCCUGAUAAGUGCAUCAGUAAGUUUGCCACUGCAGAAAAUGGUGUAUUGCAGACCUGCAUUGACUGCCAGUCUGUCUGCAAAGGAUGGCACUGCUGUUAUUGGAGAUAACUGACCGCUGAUUCUCCCCCACUGGUACUAUAUAUAUAACACUACAUGCAUAUGUGACCCCUGUAUUCCACACACAUAGAGAAAUGCUCAGGCUCACUUGCUAGUAAAGUGCAGCUGAACAUUAUUAGUAGUUGAAAACAGCCCUCACUAAAAAUUCAGGGUAUGAUUCCAAACUUUUAACUGGCCACUUUCCUCUCACUCACUGUUUUGCUGGCAGGGUGGAUUCAUGCAAUCUGAAUAAUUCAUAUUCUGGAGCUGUCUAAGAAACCUAAUGCUUGAAUGCCAAUUUGGCAGAAAGGUUUACAUUACACUAAUCCAUGCUGUAAUGCUCCUCAAGUUGUGCCCGCCAACAAAUUCACUGGGGUUGGUAAGAAAUCUGCAUCUGCUGUGUGCUCGUGGACUUUUGGGUUAUGUUGUUCAGUUAGAUGGAGGAAGGUGACGUGUUUUGCUUGAAAAGCGGCGUCGAGAGGGGACCAAUUCUCCCUUAUCCUGUAACUCAGUUGAAGGGGGAUUGGUCUUUUACAUCAGAGGGGAGAAUAUAACCGUGGAUGGGUAUUUUUAAUUUAAAAGCAUAGUCUUUUUUUUUGGAUCUAAAUCGUGGGAUUGCAUUAACAAUGUUUUUCUUCCUAUACUAAAGCAAUAUAUUGAAAUUGUAAAAUCUCUUCAAACUCCAGCGUUGUACAUUUGUUAAACUCUUUGGACUAAUAUCUUUUUGUAAAUAAAUAUUUA